CAACCCAUGCUACGCCGCCACUGUCCAGCAGUCGUGAAACCAUUUGAAGUAAGUUAAAAGUGUUGAGUUUUGAAAAAAAUCAAGUUGUCGCAGGGUUUGAGUUGUAGCAGGGGUCGAAUUGUCCCUGGGUCAAGCUGUCGUGCCCUUUGAAGUUGGUCAAAAGUGAUUUUGUAUGUAUUUUUUCAGGGUUGCUUAUGAAUUUUUAUUUUUGAUAUAACUUUUCUGAGACAUGUCACACUUGAGCUGUCAUAAUUAUAAUAAAAUUAUAGUAUUCCAUUCAAUUUAUUCAUUUAAAGAUAACAAUGAUCCACAUGGUUAGUAAAUGGGUGCCUUAUACAACUAUGUUAGUAAUUUACUUAUUAUAACAUACCACUAAUUAUCCAACCCGUUCGGUAAGAAGUAGCCGAAGGAAAUGUCGGAUAAUAGGAGAGUCGUACCUCUCCGCCACGGUCUUCAGGAUACUGUUGGGGCUCGCCCGUAUCCUACUGAGCAACGAGGCAGUCUUCUUGCAUAGGACAGCAAAGAAGCCGUCAGUGUGCGACUGAGCAAACAUUUGAAGCGAGGCAAGCCCAACAGCAUCCUGAAACCGUUGUUAUAUUGGACCCGAAGGACGCUAAGCGAUUUCUGCGAGUACGUGGUCCACAGGUUUCCCGUGUAUAGACUCUGACAGUAUGCUUUAAACAGAGUGAUCUUGACAUGGUCAUUACAUCGGGCAAACCUGCGAGCCAACAUAUUACACCUUACUGCCAGCGCCCUUCGUUCCCUCUCGAUAUCAACAUGAUCUUUAAGGUCAUCAGUAACGUAGUGUCCGAGAUAUUUAAAUUUAGUGGCUCUGUUUAACUUUACCCCAUUAAGCAAGAGGUCAGGUACCACGUUUGGACAUUUACUGGCGGCCUUAAAUACCAUGUAUUCGCUCUUCUUCACAAUAUACAAUAAGCCAUGGCAUUUAGCAUACACUUCACACACACCCACCAUCUUUCUGAGAGCCCCCAUUGUUGGCGCCAGCAGUACCAUUUCAUCAGCGUAGCUUAUGUUGUUGAUACAAACACCAUCUACCCAGCAUCCGAUACGCAUACUGCUAAGGGCAACAAUGAGGUCAUUUACGUAUAGGUUGAAAAGCCUGGGAGACGUCAGCCCACCCUGUCUCACCCCGCACUGCAACCCAUACUCCUCAGAAAAAACGUUAGCACAUCUUACGCUGUUAAUCUGGUUAGCAUACCAAUAAUGGAAUAUUUGUGAUACUUCUGACGGGAUGCCCUGCCUCCUCAUCUUAUCCCAAAGGAUGUCAUAAGACACAAGAUCGAACGCCUUGGAGAGGUCGAGGAAGCAUGCGUAAAUGAGAGUCCCCUGAUCCGUGUAGUACCUGACAGUGUGCUUAAGACUAAGGAUGGCGCUCUCGGUCGACAGUCCAGGCUUAAACCCGAAUUGAGCAUCAUGUGAUUUUAAAUAUUUAUCUAGUAGAGAGUCAAGCACACUGUCAAGGACCUUUGCCGUGAUUGUAGCUAGAGAGAUCGGUCGGGUAUUAGCAUGGUCUAUCAUAUAAGGUAGGUAUUAAAGUGCUACAGUUCUGGGGACGUUUUGUCCCAUUGUUCUUUAAGCUUUGUUUUUAAAUGAGAAGGUUUUUUAUUAGUUUACGAAAAGACGUUUUUUUAUUCAUUUCUUGUAUGUUGACUAUUGUGUAAGUCUAAGUAAGAGUAGCUUGGCAUAUUUUUCAAUCAAAAUCCUCAUUGGUGUAAAUAUAUAUUUUUUCUGAUUCUGAAUAAUAUUAGGAACGUAAAAAAAUUUUAACUAAUGUCCGUAUUGUUCCAAAUUCAAUAAAUUCAUUAAAUUAUUGAAUACCUUUACUUUUAUUUCCAACCCAUUCUUUAAUAGGUACGUGCUUAGCUAGGAAAAUAACAUAGAUAAAAUUGGUGUUUAGCUGAACAAUUAUAUCUAAAUUUUAGUUUUCAAGUUAUUUUAAUUUAAUGUAUUACUAUAAAAUUAUAUUUCGUCAUCACCAUUAACAUAAGAUCAUUACCAUUUUAAUAAAAUCAUUACCAUUGGGAAAACGUCAUUACCAUUUUGUGAAAAAAUAUUUGGACGCUUGUUACUUCUAAAAUAACGAUUGAAUCUAAGGGCCUCACACUGAUCUAAAAAGCUCAUUGCUUAACCUUUCAGUUUAAGCUAGUUUGCACGCAUUCCUGUAAAGUUUUUCAAAAAACGUAAAAUAAAUCUCGCGGAAUCAAAUCGGCGGAUCUACCCCUAUUUUCGUGCGAAAUGUUGUAAAAUUUUGUAAAAAACGCCGAUCGAGCAAUUUUUAGGAAGAAGAAAUACCACUCAAUAAUACUUAUUAUGUUGCUCACUAUACACAACCUGCCGCCCCGUAUGCGGUAUGGGGACGUAAAAUCUCUUAUCGUCUCGAAAUGCGGGUUCAAAGACAUAAUAUUGGAUAAUUUGAUCAACGAGGGUCGAGGGACCAAGCAGGUGACCGUUGGUUUGGCCGCAGAAGAAGACGCUGCAAUGCUGGUCCGACAGAUCAACGGCCUGUACGUGGAGGGAAAGCAGUUGUAUGUGGAAGACGUGCGACAGAAAAAUCAAUCCCAACAACCGUAUCGUCAAACGCAAGACGAGAGCAGUUACACUGGCUCUCAAAGAGGUACUAAUCAGUCAUCCAGUUAUACAGCCCCAGGGAACGGUCCCCAGCCUUAUAGCGGUCAACAAAUGUACAUGAAUCAGAUGCCAGGGUUCCCAGGGCAGCCGGACCCCAUGACGAUGCCAAUGAUGCCUUUCAUGGGCGGGAUGGGAGGCAUGAUGUUCGUGCCACCAGGACAGAACUCCUAUAUGGACUACGCUGGGCAAACGCAACAGCUUCCAUUAUCAGCUACCCAGUACACCCCAAUGUCUGGCGAACAAGCUCAGACAGGGUCUGGGUCUGGCUACCAAAACUACACUGACGACAAGUGGUCUCGUAACCGCCGCGCUCAACAGGGUACUUCCCAAGAGAAUAGGAAUCAAUCCAGCUAUAAAUCUGACAGCAGCCAGCAAUUCCGAGACAACAACACCUCGAGGCGCCGCAGCAGAUCCCCGCGUGAUAAUCGUGACAGAUCCAGGGGCAGCCCUAAACGGGGAAGGUAUGAUGAAGGUGACUUCCGUUCGCAAUCCAACCGCGACUCUCAGAGAUAUACACCCGAUCGCGCAGAGACUUACACUUCUCAAAACUAUGAUAGGAGUCAGAAACAAACCUCCUUUAACAACGACCCUGUAACUUUAAACAAACCACCACUCUUGAGUACUCCGGCUCAGAAUCGGUGGAACAGUGGACAACAGUUUAAUCAAGACUCCAGUGGAGACAGGUCUCAAAAUUGGAACAAAAAUCAGACAAAUUCUAAUGAUGAAAAAUCUAACUAUCGCAAACAUAUGGAAUCGAAACAAAACCAAUCCAAAGGUGUUUGGAAAAAUCCGAUGCAAACUUCUUGGGGCCGGCAAGACGCAGCUACUUCUAGGGAAGAAAUACAAUCACAACCAUCACACUUUAAAUGGACAAAUCCAAACAUGGGCAAGGGUCAAACGAAUAGUGGUGGGCCUGUUGAGCAAAGGCAGUCCUUACUGGGAAAUCCACCACAAAGAAGUUGGGAACCUAAUAAGAAUGCACACAAACCAAGUAAUGUCACCAAUUACCCAAAGCAAAAACCUGCAAAGUCAAAGAAGAAUAAGGGCAAGAAGAAGGGUGUGAUGCCCACACUGAAGGACGACUCGAUCCUGAGAUACAGAGCCGCUGGUCAAAUCGCAAAUGAAAUAGCGAAAGAGCACAUAAAUAUUAUAUCAAAGGAGUUUUAUUUGAAGAAUCUGAGGAAAUCGGUGCGAUCCCGCUUGGAAGUACUUUUAGACGCGAAUAUUGGGAUGCCACUGGAUCAAAUGAUCAAAACAUACCGAAUGACGUUUCCGUCGUAUACGGAUCGCGAUUAUUGCAAAGCUGUAGUGGAGCAGAUACCAGCUGAUGCGAGGGCGAAAAUAGAGGCAACAGGAGAAAACGUUGACGUUGCAAAAUUGAAUAUCAGUCCACCGAAAGGGCAAGGGAACAAUCAACCGGCGAGCAAAAAUCAACCGGCGGCUAACAAAAAUCAACCGAAGGCUAACAAAAAACCGGCGGCAAACAAAAAUCAAUCAGCUAUGAGCAUAACUCAACCGGGAACAUUCCAGCCGCUCAUGAACUUGCCGGUCCUGACAAACUUGAAGCCGCCGAAUCCUUCGGAAAAGCUGCCCAAAUAUCCUCAAGGAGACAAACAAAUAUACAAAGAACAAAAGAAGCUAAAGAAACUAGAGCAUGGGAAGGAGGAUAUUUAUUCGCUGCCACAGCCGAUGCAGCGGGUGCUGGACGAAGAACUACAGGCCCUCGUGGAUAUAUACAAGUCUAUAGUGAAAACGGCAGACAAUGAAAAGGAGCAAGCCCUCUGCGAUCGCUUCAGUACCAUCGGAGUGGAUAUUACGCGAAAGGUGUUAAAACUGAACGUUACGAAACGUCUUCUAUGCAUCAACACGAACCUCGUCGUUCGAGUGUACAUAAACGGGAAGCCGCCGAAAAAGCUAGAGGUGGAGGAAUUCAUGCGGAAGAAUGGCGCCGUCAGCUGCAAGAAGUCUGUCAAGAGGGCGCCUAUUUACGUCGCCACCUGUCGGGACUUUGCUGCCUUCGACCGGCUUUGUGGCAUGGGCACUGUGCCUAUGAAUGCCGAGACCGCGCUGGUAAUCAAGCCAUUCCAACUAGCCGGCCCUAAAUUAUCUUUCAAGGAGCGCAAGGAACUGCGUGAGAGACGUCUCCUAGGGUUAGAAGGGUCAUCAGAACCAACGCCAGAUAUCCCAGAGGAAGACGAUUUCACGAACGACGCUCUGAACCCUAUUGGACGAUUUGAAGGCACGGGACAGUUUGAAGAUCCGGGAGAGGCCGAAAAUCCGGGAGAGAUCGAAGAUCCGGAACAGUUCGAUGACCCGGGAGAGACCGAAGAUCCGGGACAGUCCGAAGAUCCGGAACAGUUAGAUGACCCGGGAGAGACCGAAGAUCCGGGACAGUCCGAAGAUCCGGAACAGUUAGAUGACCCGGGAGAGACCGAAGAUCCGGGACAGUCCCAAGAUCCGGAACAGUCCCAAGAUCCGGAAGAGACCGAAGAACCGGGACAGUUAGUACAAGAUAGUGAAAACGAUACAAAUGAUGCAUCACAGAACGCAGGCAUUGACGAUAUGGAGUUGAAUGAUGAGGACUUUGAGGAUUAUUGAGGUUAGACUGGUGGAAUCUUAUAAAGUUACAAUAGGGCGACUAGGCAAGAAAAAAAAAUUAUGCGCUGUCAACAGUACAUAAAACAGCCCUAUCAGAUGAAGAAUUUUGAGUCUCUCUCAACUCCAGUCUCACUGGAAUCUUGAUUACAUCUUUGCAUUCGAAUUUAUGUAAUAGUGGACGAAAUAGUGCUUUAUUUUCUAAGCAAAACGAGAAGCAACGUAAGUAAGAUGAAAAAUCGGAAUGGAACGAUUCUUGUAAAUUGAGAUUAUUUCUGGAAUUCUUAGAGAACUAGGUAGCUAGACUUUUUGAUAAAAGUGCGGCGUUUUGGUGUCCCAUCUGUAACUAGCUUCAUGUUAAGGGCGACUAACUUAAGGAUAACUCAUUGAAGGAUAUGCUAUGUGUGAUCCCCGGAAUUAUAUUGUGGGUCAGAAUGUGUUCUACCGAUUUCCCUGGAAUUAUUAAUGUGGGUAAUGUUUGGGUAAAUCACAAAAUAUUAAGUUAUUGAUUUGUCUAGCGACAUCGUUUCGCUGGUUUCGCCUUCAUAACUGUUGAUUAAUAAGAGACUAUGUAUACAGUCACGCAGGAUCGUGUCUGUUUUAUUAUGAUUAGUAAUAAAUAAGUGUUUAGUAUACUAUAAAUCUCCUUUGUUUUACCAUCAAUGUGUAGAAAAUAACGGAAAUAAAUAAUUUAAGAAACAAA